AUGAAUCAAUCCACUCACUAUAGGAGAAUGUUUCAGUCAACCUACUACAUGGAAUCGACACUUGGUCAUCCAGUUUUCCAGACAGUCUUCGGAAAGAUCGCCGUUAAUAUCUGCUACGGACGCCAUCAUCCUCAAAACUGGAUGAUGUAUGGGCUGAACGGCGCCGAAAUCAUCUUCAAUCCUUCUGCCACUGUUGGUGCUCUGAGUGAGCCUUUGUGGGGAAUCGAAGCCCGUUGUGCAGCCAUAGCGAAUCAUUGCUUCACAGCCGCCAUAAAUCGUGUCGGUACCGAGGUUUUCCCUCACGAAUUCACCUCAGGGAACGGACUUCCAGCUCAUCGCGAUUUCGGCCACUUCUAUGGAAGCAGUUAUAUUGCUGCCCCAGAUGGAAGUCGAACUCCAGGACUGUCGCGUACGAGGGAUGGAGUGCUCAUUGCAGAGGUUGAUCUCAAUCUCUGCCGUCAGACAAAGGACGCUUGGGGCUUUAGGAUGACAAACAGAUUGGAUCUCUACGCGAAGAGUUUUGCAAAAGCUGCUGAUCCAUACUACAAACCCGAUAUUCGAAAGGAAACCUAA